CCGAUCUCACGACCGUCUCGACCGGUUCUCGAUGGGCUCGAUCAAGGAAGUGAAGGUGGAGAACGGGGCCACCGCCGAGGCCUCGAAUGGCGCCGCCGCUCCUCCACCUUCCGGCCAGGCUGAAAACCCUGCAAACAGGGGCAGGUCGAGGUCGACGGUGGCGCUGCCGCUGGAAGUGGCGGGAUCAGAAGCCCCACCCCGGCAAGGUCAUCGAGCGGCGGAAGAUCCCCAACGACUAUGAGUACUACGUCCACUACACCGAUCAUUUCUUUCCAGUCAAUAGGAGGCUCGAUGAGCGGGUUAAACUUGAGCAACUUGAUCUUGGUACUAUGGAGACUGAUCUUUAUGAGAAGGAGGAAGACAAGGUGACAAGCUUGAAAAUGACGCGUCAUCAGAAACGGAAGAUUGAUGAGACACAUGUUGAGCAUGGUGAUGAGGAGCUUGAUGCUGCUAGUUUACAAGAACAUGAGGAGUUUACAAAAGUCAAAAACAUUGCAAAAAUAGAACUUGGCAGAUAUAAGAUAGAUACAUGGUACUUCUCUCCUUUUCCACCAGACUACAGUGACUCUCCAAAACUGUUUUUCUGUGAAUUUUGCCUCAAUUUCAUGAAGUGCAAAGAACUGCUUCAGAGGCAUAUGCGUUAAUGUGACCUUAAGCAUCCUCCAAGUGAUGAGAUAUACAGAAGUGGAUCCCUUUCUAUGUUUGAGGUGAGCGUCAUAUUCUUGUGUCCAUGUAUUUCUUUCAGUGGAUUUGAUCUACGCUAAAGCGAUGAGCUUCUCUGUCCUUUCCCUUUCUGAUGAUUAAUGCUUGAUUGUAUGACAAGUUUGUCGAAGAUAAGUAGUGCUUACUGGAUUUGCCUGCCAAUAUGAUCAACUUCUUGUACAAUUCAUUCUUUCAGAAAUCUUACUCCUUUUUUUCCUCUCAUAUCUAUCCUCUUCCAAUGUUAACAGUGUUGCGUGAAAUAGGUGUUGCUCUAAUAGAAGUUUCUCCGCAUGUUGAUGGCAAGAAGAACAAUGUUAUUUGGCUAAAUUGUUUCUUGACCACAAGACCCUUUAUUAUGAUGUUGAUUUAUUUCUUUUCUAUGUUCUUUGUGAAUGUAAUGAUCAAGGUUGCCACAUGGUUGGUUAUUUCUCAAAGCUUAUGAGCUUUCAAAGGAGGAGGGUAAAGUUGGAACCCCAGAGCGACCACUAUCUGAUCUUGUACUGUUGAGCUAUAGAGGGUUCUUCUAGACAUCUUUAAAAAGCACAAGGGCAACAUCUCCGUCAAGGAACUCAGCGACAUGACAGCGAUUAAACCUGAUGACAUUUUUAGCACUCUACAGAAUCUUGACUUGAUACAGUAUAGGAAGGGACAACAUGUCAUAUGUGCUGACCUCAAGGUCCUGGAUCGCCACCUUAAGGCUGCCGGAUGUGGAGGUUUGGAAGUUGAUGUUAGUAAACUGAUUUGGACUCCUUAUAAAGAACAAGGUUGAUCAUCAUGUAUGAAAACUCAGGACUAAAGAUUCACGAUCAGGUAUGUAUCUCAGGACUAUGUGAUACUUUUCGGAAAGAAUUCCAGUGUUGGACUCCACUUUAUUAUUUUCUGUAUUCACAGUAUUUUUAUCGAAUUGCAAGUUGUCUCGACCAUUUUGUA